AUGGCCAGCACCGACCCCACACCCGCCAGCGUCGCGACCCCUGACCAGAAUCGGACGGCAGCGCCCGCCGCCCCCUCCAAGUCGUCGUUGAAAAAGGCGGAAAAGGAAGCUUCCCUGGCUGCCAAAAAGGCGCUCAAGAAAGUCGCCGGUCUCGCACCCCCCGCCGCGGCAGGUCAGGGCAAGAAGAAGGAGGUCAAGGUUAAGGAGGCAGCUCCCGAAGAACCUCCUUUCAUCGAAGUGCCCGAGGGUCACAUCAAGGGUGCGUUCGCAUAGAGACUUGUACCGGAGCAAAGCGCUCCGAAAGCUGAACCUCCGACUCGCCAGACCUGACGAACCCCAUGGCAGCGGGCUACAACCCCGUCGACGUCGAAAAGUCGUGGUACUCGUGGUGGCAGAAAUCCAACUACUUCGUGCCCGCAUUGCCGUCCAAGAACCCGACCGAGCACUCCCACUUUGACCCCAAUCCCGACUUUUUGCCCCGUGACGAGAACGGCCAGAUCGACUUUGACCGCUUGGACAAGGACAGGACGUUCGUCAUCCCCAUGCCGCCACCCAACGUCACCGGUAGCUUGCACAUUGGUCAUGCUCUGGGUUGCUCGCUCCAGGACAUUCUCAUCCGAUGGUCAGUCCGGCGAAUCACGUUGCCUUCGUCGAGGCAAAGCUGAUCGAGUCGGCUUUGAUGGAUGCAGGCACCGAAUGAAGGGUUACACGACCUUGUUCGUCCCCGGCUACGAUCACGCCUCCAUCUCGACCCAAUCCGUCGUCGAGAAGCGGCUGGCCAAACUCGAAGGCUUGACCCGCCAUGACCUCGGCCGCGAAGAGUUCCUCAAGCGCUGCAUGGCCUGGAAGGAAGAGUACCAGCGACGCAUCACCAAGCAAAUCUGUCGACUCGGCGUAUCGUGCGAUUGGGAUCGCGUCGCCUUCACCAUGGACCCCGCUCUGUCCAAGGCUGUGGCUGAGACGUUCGUCAGGCUGCAGGAGGAGGGCAUCAUCUACCGUGCGAACCGAUUGGUCAACUGGUGUGUGCAGAUGAACACGACGCUCAGUGCGCUCGAGGUAUGUCCCAUAUGACCUCGGAACAGAGCUCAAGCCCUGACCCAUGACUCACAAUGCCUCGUAGGUCGACCAAAAAGUCUUGACGGGUCGCACUCUGCUCAACGUCCCCGGCUACCCCACCAGCGAACGGUUCGAGUUCGGUGUCAUCACCAGCUUCGCGUACACUCUCGAAGGCUCGGACGAGAAGCUCAUCAUCGCAACGACCCGUCCCGAGACGAUGCUCGGUGACACCGCCAUCGCCGUGCACCCCGACGACCCGCGCUACAGCCACCUCCACGGCAAAUUCGCCAAACACCCUUUCCUCGACCGACGCAUCCCCAUCGUCACCGAUGCGAUUGCCGUCGAUAUGGAGUUCGGGACCGGUGCGGUCAAGAUCACGCCCGCGCACGACCCCAACGAUUUCGAGGUCGGCAAACGCCAUGACCUCGAGUUCAUCAAUAUCCUCAACGACGAUGGCACGCUCAACGCCAAUGCCGGUCCCGAAUUCGGAGGCAUGAAGCGCUUCCACGCGCGUAACGCGGUGAUUGAGAAGCUCAAGCAGAUGGAUCUGUACGUCGGCGCGGCCGACAACCCCAUGUCAAUCCCCGUCUGCUCCAAGUCGGGCGACAUUAUCGAGUCCGUCAUGAAGCCGCAAUGGUGGGUCAGUUCCAAGACCUUGGCCGACGAGGCGAUCAAGCGCACCCGCGCUGGGGAGCUCUUGAUCCGACCCCAAAACUCGGAGAACGAGUGGUACCGCUGGCUCGAGACGAUUCAGGACUGGUGCAUCUCGCGUCAAUUGUGGUGGGGUCAUCGUAUCCCCGCUUACUUUGUCAACAUCGAGGGCAAGGAGCAGGAUCGGUUGAGUAGCGAGUCGUGGGUUGCGGCCAAGACCGUGGAGGAGGCGCAACAGAAGGCCGAGAAGAGGUUUCCGGGAGAGAAGUUCGUGCUCGAGCAGGACGAGGAUGUGCUCGAUACGUGGUUCUCGUCGGGUCUGUGGCCCUUCUCCAUCCAGGGCUGGCCCGAUCAGGUGAGUUUCGUCUUCGCGGGUGGGCAAACUCUCGAGUAUAGGUCAUAAUCCCACAAAUCCUUUCCUCUACGUCAGACUCAAGACUUGAAGGCGUUCUACCCUUCCCACUUGCUCGAAACCGGCUGGGACAUCCUCUUCUUCUGGGUCGCGCGCAUGGUCAUGCUCGGCAUCAAGCUGACUGGUCAAAUGCCCUUCAACGAGGUAUUCUGCCACGCCAUGAUCCGCGACGCCCACGGACGCAAAAUGUCAAAAUCGCUCGGCAACGUCAUUGACCCUAUCGACGUUAUCGAAGGCGCUUCGCUCGAUGCGCUCCAUGCCCAAUUGAGAAUCGGCAAUUUGGUUGAGAAGGAGAUUGUGGUCGCUGAGAAAGGGCAGAAGAAGGAUUUCCCUAAUGGGAUCCCGCAGUGCGGUACGGACGCGUUGCGUUUCGCUAUGGCCAACUACUCCGCCGGUGGGAGGGAUAUCAACCUCGAGAUCUUGCGCGUCGAAGGAUACCGCAAGGUGAGUGGUAGUCAGAGCGAAAGCUCCCGAUAGCAAUGCCAUGCUGAUCCCGCCCCUCGUUUGUCUCCGCAGUUCUGCAACAAGCUCUGGAACGCGACCAAAUUCGCCCUCACCAAAUUCGAAGAAGGUUACGUCCCUCCCGCAUCGGAGAAGCCGACGGGGCGCGAAUCGCUCGUCGAAAAGUGGAUCCUCCAAAAGUUGAACCGCGCUACAGCGUCGGUCAACCCCACCUUGACCGAACGUCAUUUCAUGAAGGCGACCGAGGACAUGUACAGCUUUUGGUUGUACGAAAUCUGCGAUGUCUACAUCGAGGCGAUUAAGGAUAUGACCGCCGUCGACGCACCGCAGGAGGCCCGUCGUUCGGCCCAGGAUACGUUGUUCACCGUGUUGGACAAUGGAUUGAGGUUGUUGCACCCCGUCAUGCCUUUCGUCACAGAGGAGCUGUGGCACCGCUUGCCGACACGACCAGGGAACGAGACCCAGUCGAUCUCGCUCGCUCGAUACCCCGAACCCGUGAGUGAUCCCAAAUCCGUGCAUGCUGUCUGGGUUGUGCACAUAAGAGAUUGUACUGAUUCUGACGGUAUCGUUUGCUAAACAGGCGGCUCACUUUGAGUUUGAGCAAGCCGAGAAGGACUUUGACCUGGCCUUCGCCGCGAUCCGCGCGACGCGAUCGAUCGCAGUCUCGUACAACAUCAACUCCAAGCUGCAAAGUCAGUAGUGCCCGUUCAGCUAUACCUCGAAGUGCAUGUGCUGACCAUCUUCCGGCGUGCUACUUGGCAGUCAUCUUCAACGUCCGCGACAACGCCGCGCUCGCGUCGACACUGCAAGCCUCGGCGAAGGCUUUGCGACCUUUGAUCAAGGGCUGCGAGCAACUCACAAUUGUCGACAACGAGGCCGAUAUCCCCGAAGGAUGCGUCGGUGAACUCGUUUCUCCUGAAUUGGCGACGAACGUCAUGCUCAAGGUGAGCCUCACUUUGCAAGAAUUUCUGUGACUUGGGCCGAGCGCGCGCCGGGGAAAGCUGAUUCGCGUUUUCCCCCCAUCUCCAAAAUCCCAGGGUGUGGUCAAUUUUGAGCAAGAGAUUGCCAAGGCUGAGAAGAAGAAGGCCUUCCAAGAGCAGGCAGCGCAAAAGAUCCGGGAUGGCAUGGCCGCUCCGGGGUACGAGGAGAAGAAGCCGCAGCACGUCCGGGACAAGGAGGCACAAAAGGUCCGUACUUUGCAGGGUCCUUGUCACUAUCAGCUUUCGGAUCGAGUUUCGGUGCUGAUUCGUUCUCAUCGUGGUGUCCUUCUGCAGCUGAGCGAACUGGCCGUCGAGAUUGAAGCCAUAACAAAGUCGAUCGAGGGCUUCCUCAAACUCAAGGAUUAA